AUGGGAUGCAGAGUCAGAGUCUUCAACUGUAUACCACCGAACUAUACCGAACUUAGACCUCAAGGCCGGAACGCCUCCAUCCCGGACCUUUCAAUCUUCGAAUUACUCUCCACGAGUGCUGAGUCGAGAAUGUUCCGUAAGACCACUAAGUCCAUGACACUCGUCUACCACGCCUUUGCAUGCCUUUGCCCUGCAGGAGUCUUGGAACAGCCACUCCAGAUGGGGCACAACUUCCUCAUCGAGUCGCCGUCGGGCGCCCCAAGAUGA